AUGCGGCCUGCUGCAGCGAGUUCUGAGGUUAAUAGAGUUCUGCUGUACACAGUCAACUCUCGAUUAUUCACGGGGGAUUAUCUGGGUUGUGGAUUAAGCGUGCUGGGUGCAGAAGCUCCUUGUGCUACUCCACUGAUCUGUAGCUUUGGAAGACCGGUGGACCUUGAGAAGGAUGACUACCAGAAGGUUAUAUGCAAUAAUGAGCAUUGUCCAUACAGCACCUGGAUGCACCUUCAGUGCUUCUACGAGUGGGAAAGCAGCAUUCUUGUCCAGUUCAACUGCAUUGGCAGAGCCAGGAGCUGGAACGAAAAGCAGUGUCGCCAAAACAUGUGGACCAAGAAGGGAUAUGAUCUGGCUUUUCGCUUCUGUUCCUGUCGAUGUGGGCAGGGUCAUUUGAAAAAGGACACGGACUGGUACCAGGUGAAGCGAAUGCAGGAUGAUAAGAAGAAAAAAUCGGUGCUGGAGAAGAGCUCAGGAAGAUCAAUGGCAGAGUCAGCAGAGGAAGCCAAAAAGGGCAGGUCAGCCAACAAGCCACAGAAGGGCUUGAGCCAUGACAUCCAGCGACGGCACUCGAUGGACAGGCAGAACUCCCAGGAGAAGGGUGUCAUGGGUGGCAGCUACGGUGUUCGUUCGCCUUGUGUCUCUCCCGGCCAGUCCCCACCCACUGGCUACUCUAUUCUUGCCCCCACGCACUUCAGCGGCCCUCGUUCCUCGCGAUACUUAGGAGAGUUUUUGAAGAAUGCCAUUCACCUGGAGCCCCAUAAGAAGAACAUGGCCAGUGGGGGCAUGUUCAGGAAUGCACAUUUUGAUUACGGGGCAGCUGGCUUGCAAGCACAUAGAUCAGGACACUUUGAUGCUCCUGUGCAGUUUUUGAGAAGGCUUGAUCUAUCUGAGCUGCUGACUCACAUCCCCAGGCAUAAAUUGAAUACUUUCCAUGUGCGGAUGGAAGAUGAUGCCCAGGUGGGCCAAGGGGAGGACCUUCGGAAGUUUAUCCUUGCUGCUCUUAGUGCCAGCCACAGGAACGUUGUAAACUGUGCGUUAUGCCACAGGGCACUGCCAGUGUUUGAACAGUUUCCGCUGGUGGACGGGACCCUGUUCCUUAGCCCAUCGAGACACGAUGAGAUUGAAUAUGAUGUUCCCUGUCACCUUCAAGGAAGGCUUAUGCACCUCUAUGCUGUUUGUGUAGACUGCUUAGAAGGGGUUCACAAAAUUAUCUGCAUUAAGUGCAAGUCCCGCUGGGAUGGAAGCUGGCAUCAGCUGGGAACUAUGUACACCUACGAUAUUCUGGCAGCAUCUCCCUGUUGUCAGGCUCGACUGAACUGUAAGCACUGUGGGAAGCCAGUAAUAGAUGUACGGAUUGGCAUGCAGUAUUUCUCUGAAUACAGCAACGUUCAGCAGUGUCCUCACUGUGGAAAUCUAGACUACCACUUCGUGAAGCCAUUUUCUUCAUUUAAAGUUUUGGAGGCUUAUUGA